AUGGCCACCGAGUUGACCGUCCAGUCGGAGCGCGCUUUCCAGAAGCAGCCUCACAUCUUCCUCAACACCAAGGCCAAGGCUUCCUCCAAGAAGACCGCCCAGGGCCGCCGCUGGUACAAGGAUGUCGGUCUCGGUUUCCGUACCCCCAAGACCGCCAUUGAGGGAACCUACAUCGACAAGAAGUGCCCCUUCACCUCCCAGGUGUCCAUCCGUGGCCGUGUCCUCGUCGGCAAAGUUGUCUCCACCAAGAUGCACCGCACCCUCGUCAUCCGCCGUGAAUACCUUCACUACGUUCCCAAGUACAACCGUUACGAGCGUCGCCACAAGAACCUCUCUGCCCACGUCUCCCCCGCUUUCCGUGUUGAGGAGGGUGACAUGGUCACCGUCGGCCAGUGCCGUCCUCUGAGCAAGACUGUUCGCUUCAACGUCCUCAAGGUUCACCCCAAGACCUCGCGCGCUGUCAAGUCUUUUGCCAAGUUCUAG